AUGUCUUAUCAUUACAAUGAAGCAUUUGAAAAUCCAGACUACCACUUCUCAGAGACACUGGAGAUUGAUAGAAGGGGGAGCUCUCAAAGGAACCCAUUCUCUCACCAAACUCCUCAUGAUUCAUCUCAGUCUGAUUACUAUGGAGAGCACAGAGGCAGGGAGCAGAACUACCCUGUGGCCAUCCCAAUGGUUUCCCUGGGCCCUGGUUCUGACUACAGCCAGGAUUUACCCAGCACAAGUCCAUAUGGGAAUUUCACAGAAAAUAUUUCCUUUGAGCCUGAGCCAGAACUGACUUACACCCCACAUUCUACCUCCUAUAUGCUGGAUUAUCCCUACACUCAUGGAAUUUCCAGUGGAUCAGAGGACAGCUUCAUUCGGAGACGCAACCGAAGGCCCCCCGAUGAGAUCUUCAUGACUUCGUCCAGCAUGCCUGAAGCAGAUCCAGUGUGCAGGGAAGAGGAAGAUUUAAUUGGAAGUCUUGCAAGUAUGUCCAGCAAUGAAAGGAUUAAAGCAAUCCAGAAGAUGCCAAAGACCAUGAGAAAAAAGAGAGAGAUCAGAAACAAAGUUCUGAAAGAAAGAACCAAAAAAUCACGGCAUCGUGGUGCUCAGUGGACACGGGGAGCACCGGGAGUGUCAUUUCGGCGAUUUGGAAACGCCCUUUCAGAAUUUUUUCAACAACUGCGGCCAUGGCACAAGAGUCUGAAGAUCAUUGGUGCUGAGUUUGGAACAAGUGUUCUUUCUUAUUUUGUUUUCUUGAAGUGGCUGCUAAAUUUUAACAUCUUCUCUUUCCUCAUAAACUUUGGUUUCAUCACAAUUCCUCAGUUUCUGGCAGCAGAACCAAAUAACCUUUCAUUCACGGGCCUGGAGCUGCUCACUGGAGCUGGUUAUUUUCAACAAACAGUUCUCUACUAUGGCUUUUACACCAAUGCUACAAUCAGUAAAGUGGAGAAUGGUCCAUCCUACAACAUGCAGCUGGCCUAUAUUUUCACUGUUGGAAUAUAUUUUGUCAUCUGUUUUCUUAUCUUGUUGUUCAGCAUGGCAAGACUCUUCUCCAGUAACUUUAGGUUUACAAAGGCAUCCUCUGUGAAUGCCAGCAAGCUGCUCUGUACUUGGGACUUCAAUAUAACUAAUGAAGAAGCUGUGAAGCUGCAACAGAAGAAUCUCCUCACACAGAUAAAGGAAGAUCUCACUGAAGUAAACAAAGAAGUUGUAAAUUUUUCUGUGAUGGAGAGAUUUGUUCAUAUUGCUACUCAUCUCCUUGCUUGGGUUGUUUCCCUGGCAACAGCAGUAGCUGCUUGUGCUGGUGUUUACUUCCUCUCCAUUAAUAACCUCGAGCUGUUUAUGAAAGGGUAUAGCAAUGAUCUACAGAGACAAUCUGCCAUGUUGGUGCUACCUGUGAUUGUGUCUCUCCUCAACACAUUGGUCCCAUUCCUCUUCUCCUGGCUUGGGCACCUGGAGAAGUUUCAGACUCCUGGACAGCACAUAUAUGUCACUAUUGUCAGAAAUAUCAUCCUGAAAAUCUCAAUUGUUGGAAUAUUGUGCUACUACUGGCUGAACAUCGUGGCUACCUCAGAGUCACAGUGCUGGGAAACUUUGGUUGGCCAAGAUAUCUAUCGUCUUGUUCUAGUUGACUUCAUAUUUUGUUUGCUUGGCUCUUUCUUUGGAGAGUUUUUACGAAGAAUUAUUGGAACUACAAUCUGUGUGAGCCUGGGGCUGCCAGAAUUUGAUAUCGGACGAAAUGUUUUAGAUUUGAUCUAUGCACAGACUUUGACCUGGAUUGGUAUCCUGUUCUCACCUCUCUUGCCUGGCAUCCAGAUGAUAGCAUUUCUUAUAGUAUUUUUUGUGAAAAAGGUCAGUCUGAUGAGGAAUUGCCAGCCCCCUCGUGAAGUCUGGAGAACUGCUCAAAUGACCACAUCCUUCAUUUUCCUGCUGUUUUGUCCUUCCUUCCUUGGAGUCCUGUCUGUCAUUGGGGUCACUGUCUGGAGGCUAAAGCCUUCAGAAGAAUGUGGCCCUUUCAGAGGUUUGCCUUCCAUGUAUGAUGCAGUUGAUGAGUGGAUACAGACACUGGAAAGCUACACUGCCUCAAAAUGGGUAGUGUGGAUCUACCACAAUUUAAUUGCAAGUGAACUUUUCUUCUUCAUCAUCUCUACUGCUGUACUAAUUGUUACUUAUCUUUACUGGCAAAUAAUACAAGCAAGAAAGACCAUGAUCAAACUCUUACAUAACCAAAUUAUUAAUGCAGGACAAGAUAAGAAGUUUCUGCUCCAAAAGCUACAAAGAGAGCAAAGGGCAAAGAGAAGAAGCUCGUCUGGCCUGGGAGGAAGAGGCCAGCAGAGAAGCUCCUCUUCAUACCACCCAUCCAUGCAACCUGCCCAGGAGGUGCCAGGCUACCCAGAAAGGGCAUUUGACAGACGCCAAAACACAUCCCACAAUGAGCAUCCCUUUUCUGUUGAGAUCUCAAGCAGCAGUGACUUUUCACCAGGCGCUGAGCCCAGCCCGCCCGGCCGGAGCCCCGGCACGUCCCGGGCCGUGGCGCUCGCCCUGCGCGCCCGGGCAGCGGCGCUGGAGGAGGACAGCGAUGGCAGCAGGGGGUUCCAGCCCUGGGCAGGCACGGACAGCGAUGGCACCGGGGGGUUCCAGCCCCGGGCAGGCACAGACAGCGAUGGCACCGGGGGGUUCCAGCCCCGGGCAGGCACGGACAGCGAUGGCACCGGGGGGUUCCAGCCCCGGGCAGGCACGGACAGCGAUGGCACCGGGGGGUUCCAGCCCUGGGCAGGCACGGGCAGCGAUGGCACCGGGGGGUUCCAGCCCUGGGCAGGCACAGACAGCGAUGGCACCGGGGGGUUCCAGCCCCGGGCAGGCACAGACAGCGAUGGCAGCAGGGGAUUCCAGCCCUGGGCAGGCACGGACAGCGAUGGCACCGGGGGGUUCCAGCCCCGGGCAGGCACGGACAGCGAUGGCACCGGGGGCUUCCAGCCCUGGGCAGGCACGGACAGCGAUGGCAGCAGGGGGUUCCAGUCCCAAACCGGCAAUGGCAGCGAGAGAUUCCAGCCCUGA